UUCAUUUCUCGGUAUUGUAUUUACAAACGAAGUCAUGGCGGCUUCCAUUGAGAGUUUACUGGAAGAAAUCUCCGGUGUUGAAGAUCCAAUUGAAGAGCUGCAGAGUUUAAAAACUGCUUUAUUGUCGUUACCUCUCAGCGCUUUGAGAGACUCAGUGAGCGGACAGCGUUUCAAUGUGAUAUUCUCUCUGUUACACUCAAAUGACAGGGAGCAGGUUGAGCUGUGUGUGGCCAUCCUUGAACGCAUCUUAAUGGCCCUAAGUCCUGUGUCACUGGCCCAGAACUACAGAGUGGAGCUGCAGGGGGGUCUGACUCAUCCUAAUGAAACUGUUAAGAUACUGGCCUUGACGCAGAUUGGUAGAAUGGUGGAGCACCCCGACGCUGCCACUGAAAUCCUCAACAACAAUGGCAUUCUCGCAGCAGUGAUCCACUCCAUCGGAGAAGAGAAGUUGGCCGUGGCAAAGCAGGCCAUCCAGUCCCUGUCUAAACUGAGCCACUCCAAGCCUGGCUUAGACAAAUUGUUCCAGAGCGACCUGCUGAAAGUUAUAAAGGAUGUGAUGGCUAUAAGUGACAUUGUCAGAUACAGAAUAUAUGAGCUGGUGGUGGAAAUCUCGUCCGUAUCGCCCAUUUCUUUCGGUUACUGUGCCAACAGCAGCUUAAUUUCUCAGCUGCUUGGAGAACUGACAGGGGAUGAUGUGUUGAUCAGGGCCACAGCCAUUGAGAUGGUGACCACUCUAGCCCACAGUCAGCAUGGCCGGCAGUAUUUGGCCCAGCAGGGUAUAAUGGACAAGAUCUCCAACAUGAUCAGAGGAGCAGAGACUGACCCUUUCUCCUCCCUCUACCUUCCUGGAUUGGUGAAGUUCUUUGGAAACCUGGCCAUUAUGGACAGCCCUCAGCAGGUUUGUGAAACAUAUCCAGCCUUCCAGAACAAGGUGUUUGAGAUGGUUCUGGACCCGGACCCUGCAAUGAUUGGUGUGGCUCUGGACACUUUGGGAAUACUCGGAUCUACUGUGGAGGGGAAGCAGGUUCUUCAGAAAACAGGAGAAAAAUUCAAGGCUGUGCUGUUAAGAAUGAGCCAGCUUGCUAGUUCUGGAGCUACAGAGCUCAGAGUGCGCAGCUUGGACGCCAUAGCGGAUCUUCUCACUCUACAGCCAGAGCAGCAGACAGAAGACCUAUUGGCCCUGACAGAGUCCUGGUUCCACCUUUUGUCUAACCAACCAAUGGACAUGAUCCGCAACAUCAGCACUCAGCCGUUCCCAGAGCUGCAUUGUGGGGCUCUGCGGAUAUUCACUGCCAUUGCCACUCAGCUGUGGGGUCAGAAGUUAAUGAUCAGCACUCCCAGUUUCAUGGAGUUCGUUUUGGAUCGUUCAGCGGGUCAGACAAAAGAGGCCAAAGAUGCUAAGUUUGAACUUGUGGGGUCACUUGUGGGUUCAUCAACAGCAGCAGAGAUACUGGGCAGCCAGCACUACAUCCGUCUGAAGACUUAUCUCCGAGAGGGACCCUACUAUGUUACAGCUGUGAACUCAGUCAGCACAGAAGGAGCAGACUGAGUCAAACACACAAAUACACUUUAUUGGUUUCUAAUUUCUUAAUUAAUGGGUAAGAGCUUCAAUAAUCUAACCGUGGGUUAACAUAUACUCUGCCAUAAUAAACUCAUUCUCUGAUAAAUACAUAAAUGGUUCUAACAAAUUAGAGCAUGGUGCUCAGUUGAUGAAAACUUCCAAGUUUUCUCAACAAAAAAAUGACAAUGCUAAACGUUCCACAGUAUACAUCUCAACUGCAUCAAGAAACAAACUGGUAAAGGAUGGUUUAACUGAGUAAGUUAUCCUAAUUAUGCAGAUUAUAGCAAAAUCCCUUUCACAGUUGGAAACCCCUCAUUGCAACACGCAUAGAUAGAAAUUGUUAUUGUCCACAAAGGGGAAUACAUUCAGCUCAUGUCAGUACAAUACUAACCUACUGGCAAUGAAUUAAUAAAAAUAGACACCACAGUAUAACACAUGAUACUAAAAUACAAUAUAAACUUCCACAAUGAAUGUGUGCUGAAAAGCUACUCACAACUGUAUCAAACCUGGUGCUAUAAUUGCACAAGCAAAGUUGCCAUUAUAAGAUCAUGGAUACUGGUGUAAUUAAAGUUUUAUAAGAUGUAAAAAAUGUACCAUCCAGGCACUUGUACAAAUUCACAUCAACUAUACACUACCUUUCAAAUCAGACACCUGCUCUUGAUUUAAAAUGUUUUGUGUCAAAAUAUUUUCUUUACUGAAUGGAAUGUUUUUUUGUAUUAAAGAGGAAGCAGUCUGACAGA